AUGGCCAAGCAGUACGACGCGGCCGAGUGCCCGUACUGCGACGAGGUCUCCAAGUACGAGAAGCUGGCCAAGAUCGGGCAGGGCACCUUCGGGAUCAAGCUGAUUGUGUCUUUGUGGCUGCGCCGCCGUUCAUUUCCUCCUUUGGGUGACCAAAGCAACUGGAAUUCAUUUCCCAUCACAGCUUUACGGGAGAUUAAAAUCCUGCAGUUGCUGAAACACGAAAAUGUGGUCAACCUCAUUGAAAUAUGCCGGACUAAAGCCUCCCCGUACAAUCGUUGCAAGGGCAGCAUCUACCUGGUCUUCGACUUCUGCGAGCACGACCUGGCGGGCCUCCUCAGCAACGCUCACGUCAAGUUCACGCUGUCGGAGAUCAAGAAGGUGAUGCAGAUGCUCUUGAACGGCCUCUACUACAUCCACCGGAAUAAGAUCCUUCACAGAGACAUGAAAGCCGCCAACGUGCUCAUCACCCGGGAUGGCGUCUUGAAGUUGGCCGAUUUUGGGUUGGCCCGGGCUUUCAGCCUGGCCAAGAACAGCCAGCCCAACCGCUACACGAACCGGGUGGUGACUUUGUGGUACCGUCCUCCAGAGCUGCUGCUGGGAGAACGCGAUUAUGGUCCCCCCAUUGAUCUGUGGGGCGGGGGCUGCAUCAUGGCGGAGAUGUGGACACGGAGCCCCAUCAUGCAGGGCAACACCGAACAGCAUCAGCUCACCCUGAUCAGCCAGCUCUGCGGCUCCAUCACGCCCGAGAUCUGGCCCAACGUGGACAAGUACGAGCUCUACCAGAAGCUGGAGCUGCCCAAGGGCCAGAAGCGCAAGGUCAAGGAGCGGCUGAAGGCCUACGUGAAGGAUCCCUACGCCCUGGAUCUCAUCGACAAGCUGCUGGUCCUGGAUCCCGCCCAGCGGAUCGACAGCGAUGACGCCCUGAACCACGACUUCUUCUGGUCCGACCCCAUGCCCUCCGACCUCAAGAACAUGCUCUCCACCCACAACCAGUCCAUGUUCGAGUACUUGGCCCCGCCCAGGAGGAGAGGCGGGCACAUGCCCCAGCAGCCGGCCAAUCAGGGCAGGAACCCCGCCGCAACCAAUCAGACUGAGUUCGACCGGGUCUUCUGAAUCCGGGUCGCGUCGAGACGGAGAUUUUAACGCAUUGUGAUUUC